UCUGUCAACAGCGCAAGAGUGAUGAUUAAUUGACUAAAGUGCCGCAAAAUGUACGCACCGGCAUCGUUGAUGCACUGAAUGCUUUUGUUGAAACGCUUUCAAAGGCAUUAUGGGGCAGUGUAAUGAAGGGAAAAUUGUUUUAAAAUGUGUAAUUCUCAGCUGCAGUGUCUACCCGUUUUCAAUGAAUAAUGUAUAGAUGGCGCUUGUAAUGGGUUUGUGCGUUUUGAGCGUGCUCUAAAUUUGACUCUCACAGGACACACUCAGCAGGUGGCAACUCCAGCACAGCCGUGCCUGGCGGGGCUAAAGGAUACACACCCCGACGCGUUCAUGUCGUUGCAGGUGAAGACAGCGGGAUCGUUUCCCCUGUGGUUUGUGUUCCAGGAUCCCAUCAAACCCUCCCCUUUGCAGCCCGCCCAUUCCCGCUACUUGACGGUAGCUCGGCGUGGCGUGGCGUUGCUUUACACCUACAGUAAAGCGCGCGACAUGCUGAUCUCACUGGGUCGAAUGGUUUCGCGCGCGCGUUUAAGGUGUGUUAGUCAGCUUGGGGAAUUUGGCGUGACAACUCGGUUAGCCGCCUCCCGGCUGCUCUGCAGCAGCACACGUGGGCUGUCACGUGGGCGGAGGGGACGAGGAGUGUUUCGGGUGUUAUGAUACCGGUGCCAGUGAUAGUAUAAAUAGGACCGUGUCGGUACGGCUGGGCUUAUCAUUCGUGGUGCGCUUGUCGGUCGGGAUGGAUUCGCGGUCGGUGAGCAAUUUCGAGCUGAAAGCCAUCAACGCGUGGGAUAAACGGAACUUCACGCGCGGCAUCAAGAGUUUGUUUCUGGAGUACUGCUCCAACAGUACCGUGCACGGCAUCAAGUACUUUGGCUGCAAGCGACGAACCCUGUUCGAGAAGAUAUGGUGGAUCGCGACGUUCCUGCUGUCGGUGUACGGAUGCGGCCGGCUGAUCCAGAACAUUUACCGCAAGUGGGAACAGACGCCGGUGAUUGUGAGCUUCGCGGAAAAGUCCACCCCGGUGUGGCAGAUCCCAUUCCCCGCCGUCACGAUCUGCCCGGAAACGAAGGCCCGCAGCGAGUACCUUAACUUCUCGCAGGUAUACUUUCAGAUGAACGAUACCUGGCGCGACGAGAUGGCGAACGAAACCUACGAUCGCUUCCGUGCCGUUGCCCAGGUGUGCGAUGCGCACAUUCUUCGUGGCGUCAGCCUGAAUCAAACGACUGAUCCGGCCUGCGUGGAUCUGCUGAAGAAUGUGUCGAUGCCGCUCGAGUCGGCACUGUUCUUCUGCAAAUGGCGCAACGAUGCGGGGCUGUGCAGCGAGUUCUUCACGGAAACGAUCACCGAGGAAGGGAUCUGUUUCACGUUCAACUCGCAGUCUUCGGGGGAAAUGUUAAGGUUGGACGAGCUGCACAGUGACUAUGACUACAUCUCGGAGAAGCGACAGUCUCCGCUGUGGUCGCUAGAGAAGGGCUAUGCAGAGAAUACCGAUCUCGAUACGUAUCCGGUGCGAGUACUGGGUGCCGGUGCUCGGGCAGGACUGUACGUGCUGUUAAAUCUGUACGAGCGCGAUACGGAUUUUAUUUGUCGUGGCCCUGUGCAAGGAUUUAAAAUAUUGCUUCACACGUCCAGCGAGUAUCCGCAGGUGUCGAAGCAGUACUAUCGCGUCCCGCUCCACCAGGAAGUAAUUAUAUCGGUCAAACCGCAGAUGAUUACCACCUCCGAUGGGCUGCGCGAUUACACCCCAGAAAGGCGACAGUGCUUCUUCAACCACGAGCGCCACCUCAAAUACUUCAAGGUGUACACGCAGCAAAACUGUGAGCUGGAGUGCACCACCAACUAUACGCUGCACAAGUGCGGCUGCGUCAAGUUCUCGAUGCCCCGGGACGACCGGACGGAGGUGUGCGGCGCGAGCAAGAUCGACUGCUACAACGAUGCGGAGGACGAGCUGCUCGAGGAGGACGUCAAGUUCAUCGUGGACAAAUCGCGCGACUAUCGCGCCAAGUGCAACUGUCUGCCGGCCUGCACGUCCGUGCAGUACGAUGCGGAAAUCUCGCAGGCCGAUCUCGACUGGAAGAGCCUGUUCUCCGCCUUCCGCCAGUCGCUCGGCGAGCAGGACGGGGCUCAGUUUGCCCGGCUGACGAUCUACUUCAAGGAGGCACAGUUCAUCACGUCGAAGCGGAGCGAGCUGUACGGUGUGACCGAUUUUCUGGCCAACUGUGGCGGGCUGCUGGGGCUGUUCAUGGGCGUGAGUUUGCUGAGCUUGGCCGAGCUGAUUUACUUCUGCUCGAUACGACCGUUCACCAUACUGCGCGCGUAUCGGGCCAAGCGGCGCGACUCGAACGUCUUCUUCGAUGCACCGCCGCCAAUCGUCGAGAAGCCGAAAGACUUUUAAGCUACGAGGGGGGAGGUUUUUCGCGUUUCGAAACCAUCAGUGUCUUGCCGAAAGUGCAUACUUUGCUCGAACUCAUCCUCAGAGUAUCAUCCUUGCCGCACUGUCUUACUGAUGGUGUACAAGUGACUAAAUAAAAUGUUUGAUAUUUUGUCUGCUUUCAA